ACCCAAGUUGUGUUCCAGAUCGAAAGUGUUGAACAAGAAGUGGUGCUUAAAAAUGCGAAAAGGAAGAGUGAUUUUUCUGGCAACUUUUGUCACAUUAAUAUCAUUGACUAAUGGACAAGGAUCGUGUUUGAUAUGUGAUUCAAGUGAAGAUCCUAAUUGUGCCACCCUCAGGGAUGAAUCUGCACUCAUAGGCAACUGCGAGGAAGAUAAUGAUAACUGCUUCAUCCAGAUGGAUGAAUUCGGUCAUGUUCAGCGAGGAUGCGGUACAUCUUCAUUCUGUGAAGGACACGAACAGUGCACUGUGUGUUCGGGUCAAAGUUGCAACAAUGGAAUGUAUCCAAUUGGAAGACUUCAAUGCCACAAAUGUUCCGGAGUUGAAUGUGCUGAUCCUCUGCUAGGUCCUGUGGAAACUUGUCGAAGAUAUGAUGCUCAAGAUCUCUGUUACACAGUUGUCGAAGAAAAUGAUGAAGCAACUGAACGGAUUACACAUCGUGGAUGUGCCUCAGAUGAUGAUCUUAAUAUGUGUGAUCUUCAUUCGGAUUUCUGCGUUAAGUGUUCUGGCAACGGUUGCAACAAUCAACCGCCUUUGGGACCAACAACACUAUCUUGUAUUCAGUGUAUGGAACCGGAUCCUGCAUGCCGAUAUGAGUAUGAAGAAGAGAGCGGACAGCCCUGCAGUUACCAGAUUGUCCUAGGACGACCAGAACGUUGCUAUACUCAUGUCGACAGCGAAGGUCGUGUUACCAGAGGUUGUUUGGAUGAUUUCAGAACAGAUGUUCAUAUCGUUAGUGACUGUGAUGGAACUAAAGAGUCCUGCACUAUAUGCCUAACGGAUAACUGCAAUCUUGAACAAGUUGCCGAUCCUGGUACAUGCGUUGUGUGCGACAGUGCUACUGACUCCAAUUGCAACCUUUUAACUGGUACACCAACAACAGAAACAUGUCCAACAGGACCUCAUGAUAAACGUGGAUGCUUCCGAAUGGAGAUGAACGGUGGAGUUUCACGAGGUUGCGUGAGUUCCUUGAACGCUGAUACUUUGGAAAUUUGCCAAGCUGGAGAGGAUUGCAAAAUUUGCUUAGAAGAUGACUGCAACAGACAAGUAAACUUCCAAACUUGCUAUUCUUGCAACUCCAACGACGAUCAGGAAUGCAUUAUGUCCCAGGUGGAUAAAGAUUCUGUAAUCUGUCCCAGAUACGUCGAGAAUUGCAUCACUUAUAUUGAUCCAGAAUCAAGGAGGACUAUCAGAGGUUGUCAAGGUGAUCUUGAUCUUCCACCUGGAGUUAUUUGUCCUUCAGAUUUGUGCAAUGAGUGUUCUGGAGAAUCAUGCAAUUCCCAAAUCUUCCCUGUUGAUCGGAGAUUGUGUAACAGAUGCUACUCAUCAACCGACUGUGAGAAAGACCUUUCAGUGGACACAACCUACCAGAGUGUCUGUGAAUUUUAUGAUCCUCAGGAUCAGUGCUUCUCUGUGUUGAUUCAGGAUAUCAUCCACCGUGGAUGCCUCAGUGAUUCAUCUCCAGGAGUUCAGCACUGCGAUGAAGCUGGCGAAAAGUGUAUCAUCUGCAGUGGACAAUUCUGCAAUUCCGUUCCAGCCUAUCAAGAGGCAUCCCUUGAAUGUGUUAAAUGUUCUGCUGAAGAUCCAGCCUGCGAAUGGGCCUAUCAUGCUGGUGCAUCCAUCAAAUGCGACGGAACGGUAGGUUUAGGUGAAUAUGAAACUUGCUACAUCUUUCAGGAUUCUGAUGAGAAAACAGUCCGAGGAUGCACUUUGGAAGAUCCCAGCAUUUGCGAGAUCAGUGAUGUCAAUUGCGAAGUUUGUAUUGGAGAUGGAUGCAACAAUAAGGCCAUCGCCAGACAAUCCUGCAUCCAAUGUCGAAGUGAUCGAGAGGGAGAAGAGUCUUGUGCUCAAGAAGCCGAAGGACUCAAUAUUACCAUUUGUGAGAAUAGUGAGAUCACCUUCGACAAUCGUGGAUGCUAUGUCCUGAAAUUGGACGAUGGAGCGGUGAUGAGAGGAUGCGCUACCGAUUUGAGUCCAGCUGAACUAGAAGACUGCAAAAGUGAAUCCGAGGACAAAGUGUGUCAAUAUUGCGAAGAAGAAGGAUGCAAUAAUCAAAUAGCUGGAUCUUCAUCAGUCCAUGUGUCAUUCCUAUUGCUCUUUGUAUCCUUGUUAAUUCUAGUUUUAGUUCCAGAUCAAUGAAAUAGAAGAAUCAUAUAAUUAUUUAGAAUUCAAAUAAAUAUACCAAUAACAUUGAUACACUUCUUAAUUCCUUUGCCUUAAUUUAACUAAUAUAGUACGAGAUUACACUUACCUUCCAUGUAACACUGGCACUUCAAUAAGAAAUCAUCAACUUAUUAUUAUUACAUCAAAGUAAUUAAGUCAAUGAGAUUUCACAAUUCGGCAUAACAAUAACUUAAAAAAAAGAAAUAUUAAAUUAAUUUUUUAUAUGUUUAUGAAAAAUUUUUGUCGUUCUUCAAGGUUUGACAAUAAAAAUUAAAAAGUCUAACACUA